GGUAAGCCGUUAGGAAAUAAUGGUGUGUUAUCUCCCAUGUACUACAAAUACUAUGAGCAAGUUUUACGGCUCGACAACCCAUCUGUUGCUGCAACUGCUAUUCCAGGAUCUGUGUCUACCGAUGAUCCAAUUCUAAGUGACAAGACCAAUCAACUUUUGAUUAUGGAACACAUUCUUGGAAGACCUUCAAACAAUAAAGCAGACUUCAAUGACGAUGAAGGGGACGAAAACCCUCAUCAAGACGAUACAAUUAAUUUCAUUGAAUGUGCUCUAACCAACACAAGUGACGAACAGGGUAAAGAUUAUUUGUCAGCAUCGGAUAAUGAGAGCCGUCCAAAUGACAUUUCACUCUUAAGGACUCCCACGCCAGGGCAGUUGGCCAUUGAAAAUGGAUUGAACCCCGAACAUCAAUCAGCAGCUCUCACUAGUAAAAAUACUGCUGCUGAUAAGGGCAAAUCACUAGGAAAGAAAAGCCACGUUGUCGCGAAACGUUCGAAUUCCACACCCAUUCCAUCAAUUUCUGCUGACAUAUCGAAGACAGUUUCCUUAAAAUCAAUCUCUGUUGAUUCUUCUGUUGAUUCCGUAUCUCCAUCACCAACCUCUGCCUUUCUAUCGUUUAAGCAAAAAAGAGCGUCAUUGACACUAAGGCAAACGGUGAAAAGAGCAAAGUUUUCAGUGUGUAAUCUAGCAGACUCGGCGGCCAAGAGUAGGUUGACUGAUGCCCGUUUACGUGUUCUCAUAUCGAUCGUGACCGUUAGAGAAAUGCUCAACGAACCACUUGAGAAAACCGAAAUUCCACCGGAUCUUUUGAAUUUACUUUACAACGUCGAGGAGAAUAUCUAGAUACAUGAUGUACAUCAAAUGCGAGAUCAAAGAAGUCGAUGUGUAUUCGAAUCUUUCAAUAAUACACAAUUGACUCAAAA